AUGUAUUCUACAAAGAAAAGUUUAGAUAAGAUUCUACAAAUAUAUAAAAAUGAAAUUCGCCGGCAAAUAAGCAAGACUACCAGCGUUACAAAUUCCGAUGCAUUGGCACCACGACUCGAUCAAUCGGCAAAUAAGUCCCCGCAAAAUGAAGAAACGGGAGUACCUAAGAAGUUGCUGAAGUUGCAGAAAUAUCACAGAUUCCUGUCGACUCUCACGCCCCAGCAAAUGCCACUGGCAGCCCGAGGACUGGCAGUCUCCAAAGACCAGUCCCGGGAGUUCAUGGCUUGCUUUCCAGACAUCGUGAGGGACCUCACAAAGACUGGCAAGCAUAUUGACGUGCCGGAAGCCAGCAAGUGGUUGGCUAAGCUAUUACAAUACAACGUGCCGAAUGGAAAAAAGAAUCGUGGACUAGCGACCGUUCUUGCUUACAAAACAUUGGAGAAGCCAGAAAACUUGACGCCAGAGAAUAUACGUUUGGGAAACAUAAUGGGCUGGUGCACCGAAAUGUUUCAUACACAUCAACUUCUUCUAAAUGACAUCAUGGAGAGUUCGAAUAUGCGCCGUGGUGUGCCAUGCUGGCAUCGACGUCCUGAUGUUGGCUUGAGCGGCAUUAAUGACGCUACUUUUGUGCAAUCCGCCAUGUAUUCAACUUUAAAACGCAAUUUUUCUACUAAAUCUUACUAUAAAAAUGUUUUGGAAAUGUUCAACGAGAUGUUGCUAAAAUGUUCAAUCGGUCAUUAUUUGGAGAAGCAACUGUUAACAACGGAUAAACCAGACCUCUCACAGUUCACAAUGGAGAAAUACGAAGCAAUUACCAAGUAUAAAACAGCAUAUUAUACAUUCCAAAUGCCUGUAGGACUGGCACUUUUAAUGUCUGGAGUCGACGAUCCAGAGACUCACAGACAGGCUAAGACCAUUCUUUUGGCAAUGGGAGAGUUCUUCCAAAUUCAGAAUGACUUCCUUAACUGCUUUGGUGACCCAGCAGUUAUCGACAAAAAUAGCUGCGAUAUUCAAGAUGGUAAAUGCACUUGGCUUGCUGUAGUGGCUCUACAAAGGGCAACACCAGCUCAAAGACAAAUCAUGGAAGAAUAUUAUGGCAGUUCUAAACCAGAAGAUGUUGCAAAAGUCAAAGAUCUCUAUGAAGAUUUACAACUUCCGCAUACAUACUCAGUGUACGAAGAAGCCACAUACGAUCUCCUUAGGACACAAAUUCAGCAAGUGACAAGAGGGCUACCACAUGACUUGUUCUUUAAAAUCUUGGAAAAUAUCUUCAGGCGAAGUAUUUAA